AUGUCGGAAUAUAACAUUUGUGAACCAUGCCUUAGAGAAGGGACAAAUGUCACAGCAACUAUUUACUGUCAAGAUUGUUUGGAAAUAAUGUGCGAGGACUGUAGGCGACAUCAUUUAAAAUAUACUCCUUCCGCUGACCAUAGAACAUCUGACAUUGCAGAAAAUAAAAUACAACUAAGGAACCUGGAAGAGAUGAGAAAAUCAUCUAGAUGUCCAAACCACGUGUCGGAACAAGUGAAAUAUCUUUGCAAAAACCAUGACGAAUUAUGUUGUAAUCAGUGCGCGAUAGCAACACAUAGAAAGUGUGAAUUUGUCGUGUCUCUUGCUGAUAAGGCGAAGAAAUCUAGCUCUGGAAUUGGUAUUAAAACACGUUUGACUGACAUAGAUAAACAUAUAGACAUAUUACUGAAGCAUGAAAACAAGUAUGUGGAACGUUCGGAACAGUCAGUAGAAGAAACGAAAAAUAUUCUUAAAACGUUCAAAGCUCAAAUAGAUGAAACUUAUGCAAAACUAGAAAAUGAAAUAUUGACGAAAAUGACAAAGGGUAGUAAAGAUACAAUUGAAGCGAGCAAUUCACAACAGACAUGUCUGAAAGAAGUUAAAGACGACGUAAAAUGGUCGCUGAAUUCCCUUGAUUUCGCCUCGAAAUUUGGGCAAGAUGUCCAUUCCUACCUUGUGAAGAAGAAAUUGAAAGAUGAUUGUCUGCAAAAGGAAGAUUCAGUAAGGACAUUACAGACUCGUUCCAGCAAUAAGACAGUUGAAGUUAUCGAAAAGAUGCCUGUAAAGGAGUUGCUCGAUCAGUUAUACAACUGUAUGUGUGCUGAUGAAGUUGUUGAAAAUCUUUACCUUCCACAAUGUCCGGGACCCACGGGUCUCAACAAACGUCAGCCUGUUUUGAUUAAGGAAAUCGAUGUUGGGCAUGGACAAUCGUUUCCUCGGUUUUGUAUCUGGAUUGGGAAAUAUAUUGUAAUUGCUCUGGAAGAUGAAAUGCUGUUGAAAUCGUUCGAUUCGGAAACUGGGGAUUGUAUAGCGACUUACAACUGCCCUCAUAAAGCUCGUGAAAUGGCAGCACUUGAAGGGUCAAUGCUUGCUGUUUUUUGUAGGAACCCAGAAAUCUUGAAGCUUAGUAAGACACACUUUCAGCAUAUUAAUACAAUUAACUCUAAAUCACACUUUGGUGGGAUAGCAUACAACAGAGCUGAAAGACAAUUAUAUGUGUCCCAGUAUGGUCGCGGAACUUUGGAAAAAUUUUAUUUAGAUGGCUCAGGUGCAGGACUUAUGAACCCAUGCUAUUCGGCUCAGGAAGCACUCAGAGAAUCAACAAACAUUGCUUUUGAUAGUAUCAAUAAAGUACUGUAUAUUUCAUACCUCUCAAGUAACAAUAUAUAUGCGGUGGAUAGUAACGGUACUAUCUUGUUUACAUACAGGCACAGGAACUUAUAUGGAACAAAGUCGGUGUCAACUGAUUGCAACAGUAAUAUCUAUAUAGUAUCUAGAUCUAGAAACUGUAUUCAACAGGUUGAUAAGAACGGCGUAUUUAUCAGGGAUAUCAUCACAGAAAGCAACGGGAAUAUCAAAAAUCCUUACGGGAUCAGCUUAAAUGACCAGAAUACAAGACUGGCAGUAACAUGUAAAGGAGAAAAACAGUUAAAGAUUUACAGUUUUGAAAAGUGA